AUGGUAGCUCCCAAGAAAACGAUUCGAGUAGGCUAUGUGCCAGAACAUUACCUCGCACCCCUCCAUCUCGCAAUUUGCGACCCCUCCUACGCGGACCUCCCUUUUGAGCUGGAGCUUAUCUCAUUUCCCUCCGGAACAGGGCAUAUGAUCACAUCCCUCCGCUCCAACGAGAUUGAUAUCGGUAUCGGUCUGACAGAGGGCUGGAUCGCGGGGUUGACAGGCAAGCAGCAAUUGGAAGCCAGCAAGGCUGCAGGUGACGAUGGCGGGUAUAGAAUUGUUGGGMAAUGGGUUGAAACACCAUUGCGCUGGGCAAUUGUGACUGGCAGGAAUAGAGAGAAUAUCAACGGGGUUAGCGAUUUGAAGGAUUCGCGUGUUGGCGUGAGCAGAUUGGGGAGUGGAUCACAUAUAAUGUCCUUCGUCCUCUCGCAACAACAAGGCUGGGCGGUCGAAAGCCUCAAACCCGCCAUUCUCGGUCCCUUCGCCGAUUUGAGAGAAGGCGUCUCAUCAAGCGGCGCAUCCCAAAAGGCGGACUUCUUCAUGUGGGAGCAGUUCACUACAAAGCCAUACUUUGAUCCCGUCGUGCCAUCGACGACUCCGCCGCCGCUUAAGAAGAUUGGUGAGAUAUAUACGCCCUGGCCCUCGUGGCUUAUUGUGGCGUCUACAAGGUCGUUCCAGACACCGGAGAGCGAUGAGACGCUGCAGGCCUUGUUCGGCCUGCUUGAUAAGGGUAUUGCUACGUUUGAGAGCAAGACAGAGGAUGUUAUCAAGUUGCUCGGUACAGGGGACUUUAAAUGCACAUAUGCCGAAGAGGAUGCGAGGAAGUGGUUGGAAGCGACACGAUUUGUCAAGACUACAAGGGGUUUGAGUAGCGAGAUUGUGCAAAAAACGGUUGAUGUGUUGAAAAUUGCGGGGGUUAUUGAUCCGGAUCUGCCUCUCAGUGAUGCUGUGCAGAGGGUUACUGGUGUUUCCAGAUAG